AUGGAUCAUCGGCAUUUCAUUCUCUCUCUGUUUUCAUUUACUCUCUUUUGGUUUAUUUGGUUUCUGUUUUAUUUGUUGCGAAGGCGCACUAUAAGGAAUAAAAAAAAAAUUCCGACGGGAAAGGGGGAAGAGAACAGAAAUGCUCCUGCAGGGGAUGCCGCGCUUGUCUCUGCUGGUGUGGCUGGGGGUGGGGGUAGGGACAACGCGGCCGUGUGGGACCAAGAACUGAUUCAGACGGCAACGGUGCUCAGUUCACAGCUUCAUGUGCAAGAACAGAGGCUGCUAAUAGACCCAGGUGGACUGUCGACAUUGCAGUGGAAGAAGUCCUUCUCAAAGGAAAUCGUCCUUACGUGA